AUGAGCGGCCGCCGAGCCACCACGGCAGAGACUGCCGUGUCGUAUUUUUCCACACCCGCUGUUGAUCAUGCCGUUGCUGGUGUUGUCGCUGGCACCGUAUCGACGCUGUGUAUGAAUCCUCUUGACCUGCUCAAGACCCGCUUCCAGGUCAACCAGUCGGCGUUUUCUGCCGUGCCUACGGAGCGCUCGCCCUUUUAUCAGGCCAUUGCACGGCGGCGUUGGCUGUACUGGGGCAUGGGAGGCAGACAAAUUGUAGAUAUCGCUGAUGGGAUCUAUGGCAUAUACAAGAAUUACGGAUGGGGGGGCCUGUACCGUGGCGUCGUGCCCAAUGUCGUCGGCAAUGCCUCUAGUUGGGGCCUGUACUUUCUGUGGUACACGAUGUUCAAAGAGGCUAUGGCGCCUCAGAAAGAGGGCGCUGAGCCCACGCGCCUCUCUCCUGGCGGCCAUUUGCUGGCAGCGACCGAGAGCGGUGUCAUCACCGCUAUCAUGACGAACCCGCUCUGGGUCGUCAAGACACGCAUGUUUACGACAACGAUGGCUGAAUUACCGCUGCGCCCAGGCGUGAAUGGGUCUGUCGCCGGUGAUCCAGCGCGUGCGGGUCUGGCGCAAUAUCUUCGUGAGCCUGGAGCUGAAAGGCCGGUGGCCUACCGUGGCCUGGUCCAUGGUCUCGUGCACACCUUACGAACGGAAGGCAUCGUGGGUCUGUACAAGGGGGUCGGUCUCGCGAUCCUAGGCGUGUCCAAUGGUGCUAUUCAGUUCAUGGCGUACGAACAACUCAAGCAGUGGCGAUCCAUCUCCCAGCUCCGCCGCUCUGAUGCUACGCGAAAGAACGCAUAUUCUGAACAGGAGCUUGACAAUGUCAAAUUGAGCAACACCGAGUAUACCAUCCUUUCAGGUGUUGCGAAAUUAGUGGCCAUUACCCUCACGUACCCAUAUCAGGUGGUCCGUUCGCGUGUCCAGAGCCACGCGACGGCUCAUCUUUAUCCGAACGUAUGGACGUGUGUCAAGCGCACGGCCCAAGAGGAGGGAUUCCACGCAUUUUAUCGCGGGUUUGCCACGAAUGCCGUUCGCAUCUUACCCGGCACUUGUGUCACUUUUGUCGCGUACGAGAAUGUCGCUUGGAUGUUACGCACCGCGGCUCAAGCUCGUGCUCCCGCCGUAACAACUUCAGCAUAG